GGACCAGCAGGCAAACAAAAGCAAAGGUUUUUAAACAUAGUUUAUCACAGCUGUUCUGCUGAGAGGAGAGUGGCUUUUUCACUAACUCCAGUCUAUAUGUGGCAAACCUGUCUCCACCCAAGGAAUAGCUAUUCACCUUUUUCGCUAACUGGAAGAGUGAACCAAAGAGGCCUUUUGGAUUACGUUGAAGAAAAGGUAGUGAAGGUUCUAUCUUAUCAUGCAACUAUUGCCUGAAGGACAAUUAAGACUCUGUGUUUUUCAACCAGUACAUCUUACAUCGGGGCUGCUCAUACUUUUUAUCCUGAAGUCUAUCUCAUCCCUAAAACCUGCCCGACUUCCAGUUUAUCAAAGGAAACCUUUUAUUGCUGCUUGGAAUGCUCCAACAGACCUGUGUUUGAUAAAAUAUAAUUUAACACUGAACUUAAAAGUGUUUCAGAUGGUUGGAAGCCCUCGGCUCAAAGACAGGGGGCAAAAUGUUGUUAUAUUUUAUGCCAACAGAUUGGGAUAUUACCCAUGGUAUACAUCAGAAGGGGUACCCAUCAAUGGUGGUCUUCCCCAAAACACAAGCUUACAAGUACACCUGAAAAAAGCUGCCCAGGAUAUUAAUUAUUACAUCCCUUCUGAAAAUUUCAGUGGACUUGCUGUUAUAGACUGGGAAUAUUGGCGCCCACAGUGGGCCCGGAACUGGAACACAAAGGAUAUCUACAGACAGAAGUCAAGAACUCUUAUUUCUGAUAUGAAAGAGAACAUAUCUGCUGCUGAUAUUGAAUAUUCAGCCAAGGCAACUUUUGAGAAAAGUGCAAAAGCUUUCAUGGAGGAAACUAUCAAAUUGGGAAGUAAGAGCAGACCCAAGGGCCUUUGGGGUUAUUAUUUAUAUCCUGAUUGCCACAAUUAUAAUGUUUAUGCCACAAACUAUACUGGGUCAUGCCCAGAAGAGGAAGUUUUGAGGAACAAUGACCUCUCUUGGCUCUGGAACAGCAGUACAGCCCUGUAUCCUGCUGUCAGUAUUAGGAAAUCCUUUGCAGACAGUGAAAACACUUUGCACUUCUCACGAUUUCGGGUGCGUGAAUCACUGAGGAUUUCCACCAUGACAUCACAGGAUUAUGCUCUGCCUGUAUUUGUCUACACACAGCUGGGCUACAAAGAGGAACCUUUACUUUUCCUUUCUAAGCAAGAUCUAAUUAGUACCAUAGGAGAAAGUGCUGCGUUGGGAGCGGCAGGCAUUGUUGUUUGGGGAGACAUGAAUUUAACUUCAUCUGAGGAGAACUGUACGAAAGUGAACCGCUUUGUGAAUUCUGAUUUUGGCAGCUACAUAAUCAAUGUGACCAGAGCAGCUGAGGUGUGCAGUCGUCACCUUUGCAAGAAUAAUGGGAGGUGUGUACGGAAGACAUGGAAAGCAGCUCAUUACCUCCAUUUGAACCCUGCAAGUUACCACAUAGAGGCCUCUGAGGAUGGAGAAUUCAUAGUGAGGGGAAGAGCAUCAGACACUGACCUAGCUGUGAUGGCAGAGAAUUUCCUAUGUCACUGUUAUGAGGGAUAUGAGGGGGCUGACUGUAGAGAAAUGACAGAGGCCAGUGGCCCCUCGGGGCUUUCCCUUUCCUCUAGCUCUGUAAUAACACUGUGUCUGCUAGUUCUAGCAGGUUAUCAAAGCAUUCAGUUGUGACAUAAUUGACUUUAAAGGGAAUCGCAUCCUUUUAAAAAGGGUGUUAGGGAACAGAUAGACACUCUUCUCUCUUAGGAGUUCCUCUGAGAGGCCUUAUAAAUCAACAUAUGUGUCACAACAUAAAUAGAACCUGUUACCUUAUUUGCUACACUUUGUUUAGAGCCAGCUUUAAAAGAACAAAGCAAUGCACACCAUUUUCUUACUUGAGUAUUUCAAUUACACUUAAAUUGAAUUUUAUUCUCUUUCUAAUUAUAUAAACACCAGUGUAUACAUGAAUACUAAGUUUGUUAUUUCAAGCACAUUUUCUAGGUAGCAGUUUAAGGACUGGUUACAAUGUAACCACCUCAUUCAACAGAUGGAUCAACUCAGCCAUGACCCAGUCAACUAAUUCAUCAGAGAAGGUGAAAUGCAGGGCUACUGUGCCA